AUGGAGAGGGAGAAUGAAAACCAAGCCAAGUUUGGUGUUCUUGAGAAUCUGUUUCAUCAAACAAUGGCGGCCAUUGCUAUUUCUGAUAAAUUUUGGUACGUAGCUGUUCUUCUUCUAUGUGUUGUUGCUGCAUUGAAUGGUGUUGUUGUUGAAGGAGAUGUUCAUGAGGGUGGUUAUGGAGGUCCCGGAGGUUGGAGGUAUGGUGGUGGUGAUGAUGAUUACUGCUCAUAUAGAAGUUGGCGAAGUUGUGGUAGCUUCUUUGGACGAGGUGGUAAGUUUGGUGGUGAUGGUGGUGGUGGUGGUGGUGGAGGUGGUGGUUCCUCAGGUAAUGGUGUUGGACAUGGGGAAGGGUAUGGUGCUGGUGCAGGAGGAGGCAAUGGCAUUGAUGGAGUAGGAGGUGGAGGUGGUAGUGCUAGUGCUGGUGGUGGUUCCUCAGGUAAUGGUGUUGGACAUGGGGAAGGGUACGGUGCAGGAGGAGGCAAUGGAAAUGGUGGAGUAGGAGGAGGUGGAGGUGGUGGAGAAGGCUUUGGAGCUGGAGGUGGUGUGGGGGGUAUUGGUGGCGGUGGCGGUGGUGGAGGAGGAGGUGGAGAAGGUGGGUGGAGUGGAUAUGGUGCCGGUAUUGGAGUUGGGAUUGGAGGAGGAGGAGGUGGUGGUGGUGGUGGAAAUGGUUAUGGUAAUUCUGGUGAAGGGUUUGGUCAUGGUAGUGGAUAUGGUGCCGGUAGUGGAGUUGGAACUGGAGGAGGAAGUGGUGGAGGAGGAGGUGGAGGAGCAGGCAUUGGAGGCGGUGGCGGUGGAGGCGGUGGUGGUGGUGGUGGUUCUAAUGGGGGAUAUGGCCAUGGUAAUGGCUACGGUGCAGGUGGUGGCAUUGGUACAACCGGAAGGGGAGGAGGAGGAGGUGGUGGUGGUGGAGGUUCAGGUCAUGGUAGUGGUUUUGGUGCAGGUUUCGGCACAGGUGACAUUGGAGGAGGAGGAGGAGGUAGUGGUGAAGGCGGUGGAGGAGGAGAAGGAUAUGGACAUGGAGAAGGCAUGGGUGUAGGAGGUUCAGAUGGCGAGAAAGGCGUGAACAUGGGAUUUGGAAUGGGGAUGGGAAUGGGCAUUGGAUUUGGUUUUGGCAUUGGAACCGGUGGAGCUAAACCCUCAACGGAUGACAAUGCUAAACCCUAA